AUGGAGUGCUUCGAUGAAAGGACGACUGUUUCAAUGAUGCUACGACAUCAGCCCGACUGCUUCGAUGAUGUUGCGGUGGCUAGCCACAGGUUCAACAUCAAUUCUCAACUUGAGCAUCUCCAAGCCAAAUAUGACGGAACAAGGCAUGCUGACCUGACCAGUUUCGAAUGGGCUGUAAAUAUCCAAAGAAACAACUAUGCAUCAUACAUUGGACACUACUCGAUGUUGGCAAAUUUUUCCUUUGCUGAGAAUGAAUCUAUUGGAAGGGAGCGUUACGAAUUUUAUCAGAAAAUGCUGCUUCCCUGUGGCCUCCCUCCUGAAAGAGACGAAGAGUGAGGAGCUGGAGCUAUAGUGCUACCCCCACAACAACUUGUGUCCAGAUGCUGUUUGUUUCCAAAGUCUCAAGGCCUG